UGUACACAAAUAUGGCGGAAAAGCACCGAGCUGUUAAUGAAGGACAAAAUUAAGUUUUAAGCUGCAGCUUUAGCUAAUUGUUAAGUAUAUAUCUGAGAGGUGAAUGAUUCGUGAAACAGUUCUCGCCAACGCUACGUGUACCUCUUCUGUUUUGACUUCGCCUUUACGUGCUAAUAAACUUAUAAAGUUUACCGUGCUUACCUGUUUAGCAUAUGAGACAUUUAAGGUGAGCUUACAUGAGAGACUCAGUGUUUGUGCACCAUGUUAGAGGAGCAGGAGACGAGGAGAAAAUCGCAGUUUGAUCCGUCUGUGAACAGUCACAGACCCGCAUCAGGAAAGUCACAGGACAUUUCUCAUGUGUUGGCGAGCACUUUCAAGGACCUUUACACAAAAGACAUCAUUGGGAAAGACACUUUGUCCAACCUCAUCAAGACAAAGAGUGGACGGAGCAGCUACCAUGACAGAUAUGUAGAAGAGCUCCAGCAGGCUCACUCUGAAUACAGCCGGCGUGUAAAAGAGGCCGACAUGCUGGAGAGUCAUAUAAUUGAGGCCAGAGCUCGAGCUGCGGCCACAGAAAGCCAGGCCUAUGAGAGGAUGAAAGAGAAGAUAGGAGAUGUUGAUGAUCACCAAGGCCUCCUUACAGUCAAAUCAGCCUUUUCCUGGUGUGUAGACAAAGAUCUUCUUGAAACGAGCAACCUGAUUUCCCCCCAGGACUACUUAGCUACACAAAAACCAAGGGUGGAAGCACCAGCAGCAAUAAAAUCAAAUCCUGCCAAACCCACCAUCGCCUACACAAUGCACAUGACCAGGGAGCCUCAAGAUGAUGGUUACACUCUAAUUGCACGUCCAGAAAAGUCAGUGCCAGAAAUGAAUGGGUCUGAUGUCAGCCUGACCUUCGAAUCCAGCUCAGAUACCCCAAAGAGGAAGAAAACUCCCAGGGAGAAGCCAAACCAGACCAAACCCAGACCGAAGUGGAAGGGUGAGCCGAGCGCGAAGGAUCGGGCGGAGGGAUGGGAAAAACUUCAGAAGCUGAAAGAUCGACACAGCUUCUUACGCAAUCCUCGCUUCCUUCCUCCAAACGCACAGCAAGGUGGCACAUCCCUCAUCCGGCCUAGAACCAAAGUGGGGAAAGGGAUGGAGCAGCAAAGUUCUGCUGAUGAUCCUGUCCCAGUCUUCCUAGCAAAGCCUUCAGUGGUGGUUUUCACUGACUACAUCGUGGGACAUGUUUAUGAGACUACCCUGGAGCUGAAAAACUUGACUUCUGCAAGCCGCCAUGUCCGAGUAAUCCCUCCUACCACUCCUUACUUCCCUAUUGGCCUGGGGAGAUUCCCCAGUGAGGGUGGCGUUGUUGCUCCAGGGAUGAGUUGCAAGUACACAGUGCGCUUUGCUCCAGACUCCCUGGGGGACUAUGAGGACUUCAUCGUGGUGGAGACCCAGGCUGAACACUUGUUUGUGGUGCCCAUCGUGGCCAGACGACCCCCUCCGAUACUCACAUUACCAAGAGUUCUGGACUGUGGCUGCUGUUUGGUUGGAGGAGUAAAGUUUGUUGAGUUUCUGUGCCAAAAUGUUGGUCUCAGUGCCGGGACCUUCUGUAUGAUACCCAAGAACCAGUGGCCAGCCUCGAACCUCAGGUCUGUGGCAAGAACUUACUUUUCUGAGCAGCCACCCUUUGCAGUGAGCCCGUCUCUUUUUGUGCUGCAGCCAGGAGAAGCCACUGUAGUGGAGGUGGUUUUCUUUCCCACCACUGCUGAGAAGAGCUGCCAGGUGUUCACUGUUGUAUGUGACAACUGCCAGGUGAAAGACAUUUCCAUCGAAGGUGAGGGCCAGCUGAUUGCACUUGAGCUUGUGUCGGUAUCUGGGAAGAAGGAGCCUCCUGUGGUGGGAGAGGCGCAUGACCUCACUGCAGAGCACUUUGUCCGUUUCAGCCCAUGUAACCCUCACUCUGUGCAACAGAAGAAACUCAUCAUUAGAAACAAUGUUCACUUGGAGCUGCCUUUCCACUGGCAGAUCAUGAAGCCCAACCUGCGCCCUCUCCUUCCAGGGGAAAUCCCAGAGCCCUCCCACAUCCAAUUCCACCUGGCCACAGAUGAUGUUUUCCAUGUCAGCCCCGUCACAGGGUUUCUGGCCCCCUGCCAGGAAGAAGAGUUUCUGUUCACCUUCUGUCCUAAAGAGUUAAAGGAUUACCACAGUGUUUGUCACUUAGUCCUGAGGGACGUCCCUCAGCUGCCACCAGAGGCCAGUGACAAUGGUGUCCUUCAACCUGUCCGUACGGGCUCCAAGGUGAGCGAUGUCAUCGUCAUGGAGAUAGAGGUCAAGGGGUCAGCAGAGCCAUACCAGGUCCUACUGGAGCCCUAUGCUGUUGUUAUCCCUGGAGAGAUUUUUAUUUGCGCAACCACCCGCAGACAAUUUAAGAUGUGGAACCACAGUAAAUCCUACAUAUUUUUCCAAUGGGAGAGAAUCAGGAGCUGCCACAUAAUAGAAGUAGAGCCCUCUACUGGCAGAAUAGAGGAGAACGAGUGUUUUGAUUUCGACCUGAUUGUGACUGGAGGGAAACCAGAAAGAGUUGUGACCAGUCUAGUGUGCCACAUAGAGCACCACCACGAACCCAUCACUUUGGCCAUGGAAGUCUCCUUUAAGGGUCCCAUAGUGACCCUCGAUGUGCCCAGUGUGGACUUUGGGCUCAUGAAGCUUGGGGAGCAGACACAGACCACGCUGCUCCUCACCAACAUCACCCAGCUGGAGGCCUCCUGGAUGCUGAAGGAGAGGCCGGACCACCAAGACAUGCAGAUCUUGGUGGAGCCAUGCAGAGGUGUGCUGCCCCCCCUGGCCUCUUGCAGUGUGGAUGUACUGUUUAUGCCACGUUUCUGCCAGCAGUAUGAAACAGAGUUGGAGCUGACGGUGGAGAAUGGAACAGGAUGUCACUUGUCGGUGCGAGCAGAUGUGCAGUCUCCCCAGGUGUGUCUGCUAAACUGUGAGCUGCUCCUCUCUGAACUGUACAUUGGAGUUCCUGCCAAAGCAACCAUCACACUCUUCAACCAGACCCUGCUGCCUUCACACUUCAGCUGGAUGGCUCAGCUCGAGGGUAAACAUGCUGAACUGUGUGCAGCCAGUUUUGACCCCACCUCUGGCACUCUGGGGCCUAACACCAGCAUGGAGAUCACGGUUACCUUUAUCUCUCAUACAGAUAUGGAGCUGACUGAGGUGGUUGCUCUCUGUGAGGUCCAGGGGAUGAACUCUCCUCUUGCCCUCAGCAUUGUGGCCCCCAAAACCAAGAAACUCAGUGUUUCCUACUCGCUCCCCAGUGCUCGCUCUACCUCAGAUGAUGAGACCCCCGCAACAGUCUUACUGGACUUUGGAGGUGAUGUCAUUUUGAAGAGAGCUGUUACGAAGCAGUUAUUGAUAACUAAUCAUACUGCCGUCACUGCCCCUUUCACCAUAGAGGCGGAGUAUUUCAGCUGUCAUGCCUCAAAGCCACAUUACCAGUCAGAGAAAAGAUUCACAUACGUCAAGAAGCCUCUUCACUCAGUUCAAGCUAAGAAAGUAGAAGAAAAAGCACAUGAGGAGUUUGUGAGCAGCCUGCUGGCUCAUGGAAAAGGUGCAGCUUUCUUUGUUUUACCAGACACUGGGAUGCUGGGACCUUUUGAGACCCAGACUGUGGAUGUCACCGCCUACACUGAUAUGUGGGGGGAAUACAGAGAUCACCUCAUAUGCAGAGUUGGGGACCUCGAUCCCGCACUCAUUCCCAUGCAGAUGACAGUGAAAGGCUGCCCACUCUACUUCCAGAUGACGGGCCCACGUCCAGAUGACCAGAACCAGGGACCAAUCAUACAGUUUGGCACUCACGUAUCUGGAGGUGACACAGUGUCUCGUUCCCUUCGCAUCAACAAUCCCACCAUGUUUGAUAUUCGCAUGGACUGGGAAACAUAUAACGUAGAUCCAAAUGACCGUAAACUGGUGGAUGUUGUGGUGGCAUAUGGAGACGCCUUUCCAGUCAAAGAUGCUGAUGGCAAUGAGGUGUUGAGUGGAGCAUUAAGGAUUUCUGAUGGGAGCAUUCAAACAGUCUGGGAAAGAAAUGAGACCCCAGGCUCUGAGGGAACGAGCGGCUCCCUCCAAAGCAUGACGGGCGGGGGAAGAGAAGAAUGCAUAUCUGAGGAGAACUGUGAGAAAGAGGAAAUGUGUCUUUAUCCCGCUCCAGCAAAGAAAAAACUAAUCUCUGUCCACAUCAGACCUCAUGUGGGCAACCCCUCAGAUUACCCGUACUGCAUCACACCUCAGCAAAUAGUGAUACCGGCAAAGAGCAGCGGCACAAUCCACGUAUCUUUCACUCCUUUGACUCUUUCCGGGUCAGUUUGUGAGUCCAGAUGUGUUGGUUUGGCACUGGGCUUCAUGAGUCUAGACUCUGAGAUGGCUGCCUGUGUCCCGGGUAAAGUUGGAAGAGCGCAGGCUUUGGAUCUGGAGCCUGUCAGAAUGGAUCUACUAGCAGUCGUUAAGCCUGCAGUGCUGUUAGUGCAGAUGGAGGAGGACGAGGGAGUGCUGGAGUUUUGUGCCUCAGCCGGUGAUUUACUGAAGGGAGAAUCAGAGAAGGAGGUGGUAGUGCAUGAAUUUGACAUCACACGGACCUUUAGGCUGAAAAACAACUCAGAAAUGCUGCUACACUUCAGACUGGGGGCUCAGCCUCCAUUUUCAGUGCUCAAGCCGCAGCCUCGAGCACGGACCAGCAACUCCAGCAACCCGCCCACUGGUGACAGCCAUUCUCUGAUGCUGCAGCCACAAUCCAGCCUGCAGGUGAAGGUGGCCUUCCACUGCUCCCUGUCUCUUCUGGAUCAUGCAGACCAGGUGGAUGAGUUGGAAGUUCCUCUUGGGGUGACGCUGGUCCAUACUGCAAGUGGGCACAUGAAGCUUAGGUUCCAGCAAAACCUCCUGAUUCACUACAGCAACAACAGCCUGCAGACCGUGCCUCUCCGUGCCCAUUUGGAUCUUGCUAUCCUUCGUCUGUCCACUGACAGCAUUAACUUUGGGUUCUGCUACGUCGGGCAGACACAGACAAUAGAAAUCAACCUGUACAGCCAUGGAGCCCACACAUACUGGAAAUCAAUUAUAGAUGGAGACUCCUGUGUGUUCAGAGUGACUCCAGACUUUGGGUGUCUUAGCUCCAAGGAGGUCCAUGUCACCAGCUGCAGUCAGUGUCUACAGAUCAGUUUCUCUCCCAGUGAGGACAGAGAGUUCAGAGCCGUUGUAGUGAUCCGGUCUCCUCUGGUGAAGAUCCCCCUCACUCUGCAGCUACAGGGAACAGGAUCCUUUGAUGAAGUGUACAGGUGUAACUAACAGUCACACAAUCACCACCUGCUCUCCUUAAGUCAACAUAUUAAUAGUCCUUUUGUAAGAAUGUUAAUAAAUAUUAAGAACAA